CAAGUAACGAAUCCCAUCCAUUUUUAUUACACAACAUUUCCAGCUCAAUCAAAUCUUAAUUUCUCCAAAAACAUGGACCAGAAAGAGGGAGAGACGAAGAAAUGGGGGACACACAUCAUGGGGGCUCCGGCGGCGCCGGCGGUCCACCCGGACAACCAGCAGGCGGCGCUAUGGCAGGCCGAGGAGGGCCCACAGCCGCCUUACGUUGUGAUUGCGCCGGUGGAGAGGUCCGCCGCCGACAGCCCUCUCGAUCAUGUUGUCAACGUCUUCAAUUCUUGGAGUCACAGAGCUGAGGAAAUUGCUCGUAACGUCUGGCACAAUUUAAAAACCGGGCCAUCUGUAUCCGGGGCUGCGUGGGGGAAGGUGAAUCUAACCGCGAAGGCGAUAACAGAAGGGGGAUUUGAGUCUCUGUUCAAGCAGAUAUUCGAGACGGAUGCGGAUGAGAAGCUGAAGAAAACAUUUGCCUGUUAUCUUUCCACAACCACUGGCCCUGUUGCUGGGACCCUCUAUCUGUCCACUGCCCGCGUGGCUUUCUGCAGCGAUCGCCCUCUGUCCUUCCGGGCCCCCUCCGGGCAGGAGACGUGGGCCUACUACAAGGUCACGAUCCCGCUGGGGCACAUCCACAAUGUCGCCCCUGUCGUCUUGAAGCAGAAUCCACCCGAGAAGUAUAUACAUCUGGUGACCGUGGACGGCCACGAGUUUUGGUUCAUGGGGUUUGUCAACUUUGAGAAAGCGUCCCACCAUCUGCUCGACAGCGUCUCGGAUUACCAGCAGCACGUUCCCAGCUAGGGAGCGGUUAACUUGUUUGUCGGUUCGGGUUUUUGUGUGUGUGUGUUAAUAGGGUUGAUCAAGUGUUGGUGUUGUUUCUUGUCUGAUUUGUGUAUGUUGUAGUGUUAUAAGUAUAUGAUAUGAUAUGAUAUGAUAUGAUAUGAUAUGAUAUAGUGUUAGUUAUUUCUCAA